AUGGAGAGCAAACUUCUGGUCGGCGGGAAGAACAUUGUGGACCACACGAAUGAACAACAGAAGAUGCUUGAGCUGAAGAGGCAGGAGAUCGCUGAGCAGAAACGUCGAGAGCGAGAGAUUCAGCAGCAGAUGGAGAGCAGAGACGAGGAGACGCUGGAGCUAAAGGAGACCUACAGCUCUCUACAACAGGAGGUGGACAUCAAAACCAAGAAGCUCAAAAAGCUGUUUGCAAAGCUUCAGGCAGUGAAGGAGGAGAUCCAUGACAUCCACGAGCUCCACAUCAGUGAGAGACAAGAACUGGAACAGACCCAGAACGAACUGACCCGAGACCUCAAGCUCAAGCAGCUAAUCAUCGAGAACUUUAUUCCUCUGGAGGAAAAGAACAAAAUCGAGAAUCGAGCAUACUGCGACGAAGACGAGUACUGGAAGCUCCGCCCCAUCACCCGCCUCGAAGAUGACCAGCUCAUGAUGUCCCGCCCCCUCUCUGCCGUGGGCUACAAACGACCUCUGACCCGAAACUCGCGCAUGGCCAUGAUGAUGAAGCCCGACUUCAGAUACAAAGCUGAUAACCUGGUCAUGUUGGAGUUGGACCUGCCCUCUCGGAGCACCAGAGAGUACCAGGAGCCUGUGAUUGCUCCUAAAGUGGCGGCGGCUCUGGAGGACGCGCUGAAGGACGAGGAGGAGAUCCAGGUGGAUGCGUCUCACAUCAGCAGCUUCAGCCCAGGACUGAGUCCGAGUCUGGGGCAGGAGAGGAGCAGCAGAGUUGGCAGUGCCAACAGCCUCAAGAAGAACAAGAACCCAGGGCGUCCGAAAACUGGCAAGAAGUCGACCACUCCCACCUCUCCAUACGGCCCCAGCCCAGGACCCCCGAUUUACCCACAGUCCCGCGGGCUGGUGCCCAAAUGACCCAUGUCCUGUGACACUGCACUUUAACACUGAGCCACGCUGCUGUAAAAACCACUCCCACAAACACACGUGUCACAUCACACAGAGACACCACUGCAUGAAACACCAUCAGUGUCAUGUGUCGUCACUGCACAGAGGAGACUUCACAUGAACCAGGACAGUGUACCUACUCUUCAAACAUCACAAACACAUGCAGUGACUUGAGAAUGCACGGUCAUUCACUAAUUAAUUACAUUCACUAAUUAAUGCUUUGUUAAAUCAUCAAUUAGUGAAUGUUAGAAAGUAGUCUGAAAAGUCAAGAAGAAAUACAAAAAUGGAUUUAAACAUUUUGAGUAAUGUUACUUGAGAGGGAAUUGUCUAACUUGAGUAACAGAGCUUCAGACAGAGCAGUGCCUCUAGUUAGCAUCACACCCCCAGAGAAUGUUGAUGAUCAGUUGCAAAGUACAGUGGCUCUUUCAGACUCCUGGGAGAUCUCUUCUUACAUUAUACACUGAAGUGUCCACAGUGAACUGUUGCACCAAUCCAGCAACAAUGACCAUUAGUUUGGACUCCUGAAAUUCAAAAUCAAAUCAUUUGAUUUUAUCAGCAGAACUGAUGAAUAUCUGUCAGUGUGAGCCCUCUUGAUUAAAUGAUAUUCACAUUUAGAAAGGGUAGUAUUCAUAAGGCCAUGAAACUGCCUCUCUACUCCAUCUCUGUUGAUCUGGGCUUUGUUGAGCUGGGGUUUUUUAAGAUAAACUUGGAGCUUCUCUUGUGAAUGUUUCAUCAGAUGCCUUAAUCUGUCUGCUCCAUCAGUGUAGCAUGGCUUCCUUUGCAAAACCUGGUAACAUGACCCUGCUGUAAGAAAAGCAUUUGAUCAUAAUGGACUAGAAUAGGUUGUGUUCAUGUGACGUCACACUUUUUUUUACACUGUCUGGAGUUGAACUGGAGCUGAGACAGGUCACAGUCUCAGGUGCAGAGUUGUUGACCUGGUUUAUGGUUCACAUCUCUGUAAUCCCUGGUCUUAUCCUCAUUCAAGUGGUUUUUUGUUGUUGUUUUUUUUCACAUUCUCCUCAGAAAGUGGUGCCAUCGUUCAACCCCAAACACAUGAUAGUCUUUGGGGUUGAACUCCAUCUGAAACUACGACAUCAUCAGAUUGUAGACCAUGAACUCAGCCUAUUCGAUAACCCGUGGUCGUUACUGAGAGAAGCUUUACCAAAACAAACCCCCAAAAUACACGAAAUCAACCAUUCCACGUGAAUCUAAUGCAGUUUUAACUCCCUCUGUAUCACUGCCUCCCCCUGCUGCUCUGAUUCAGUACUGACUCAGAAAGAAAGUAUACCCUCCUCCUUUCCUCUUCCUCUUCCUCCUCACGGGAAAACUGUGACAUGUUUAGUCAAUGUAUAAAGUGUAAAUGACCUAAAUGCACACUGUAAAACUGAAAAUCUGCAGGAGUUAAAAUGACUAGUACUUGUAUAUUUGCGUAUAUUUUACAACGUUAAGGUCAGUUGCUUCUAGAACCGAUGUACAGAUAUAUAUAUAUUUACUUAUACUAUUUAUCAGACAUUUAUUUGAAGCAAGUUUAAUAGAGCUCCACGUAGGUUCCCAAAAGUGCAUUUCUCAUUCAUUUUUCUCUCAGACAUUCUGGAAAAAAAAAAUACAAUAAAUACAAGUUUGAAAGCUCAGGGCCUAAUCAGCUCUGUGGUAUUUCAGAUCUUAUUUCAAAUCUCUUUCUUUAACUUUAUAAAUCUGUAUUUUAUUAAAGCACUUUGCAGAAUCCGGCGUUUUAAAUGUGAUUUUUGGACUCGCACGUAGCUCCACAAUACCUUUACAUUAGAAUUUUGUGAAAAAUGAAUGGAAAAUUAACUUGUGGAACCAAAGUGGACCUUGAACUACUUUUUACUAUUACAUACUUUACUUUUUAGUUGUUUUAUUGGUUGUUAGUUGUUAUUGAAACUAUUGAGAAAAUUAAAAGAAUCAAAUUUUGUACAUUCAUAGUUUUGUAAUAACUUGAUUUUUUUUUAAAGAUUGUUUUUAUUUUAUCUCCUGUAGAGCUUAUUUUUGCAGUGUUCUCGGCGGUGCCUUCACAAACUUAAUGUUGAAAUGUCCAUAGCAGCACCGUCACUUUGACACGUGUAAGAAAAUACGGUCAGGUUCUGUAUCGGAUCUAACUUAUAUCCACACAUUUUAUAUACAAAUGUAGUUAUAUCAUUUUCUAUUCGUCUUGUGUUAUAUUUUGAGAUUUGUAAUUUAAGGUGUACAUUUGAGUUUCGGCAUUUUGACUGAAAGUUGCCGGUUUAUUUUAGGUGAAAAUAUUUCGCAUGAGCGUUUGUCAUGUAAAAGACGACUGCUGCCGGUUCGUCACGCGCCCACUGUAAAAUCUGAAGCUGUAUUCACGUCGCUAAUGCUGAUCACUGCGCCACACUAAAGAGCACGGAGAAAAUGUCUGCACCGCUCACGGUCCAAUGUUCACUUUGUGUUGCGCGUUACUCGUUUGGACUGGUUUUCAUUGAGUCGUGUAACUUUUCUGGUGGCAGGUCCGUCAAAUGUUUUUCUUGACAGAGAUGAUGUGACUUUUUCUGCAGUGUGGCAUUGAAUCUUUCUUUUUUUUUCUUCAUGGGGACCAAACCAGACAGAGUUACAGGUCAGAUCCUUGGAGAGGCGAUCCCGCUCAAAGUUAAAAUACCUGUUUUUCUAAGUAUUUUUGAGCUAUAAAACCACCUGUAAUUGAAUACCGUAUUUUCCGGGCUAGUAGGCACGCUCAUAAGUAUGGAAGCCAAGGGGGGUCACAACAAACGCAAACGCCGCAACAAAUACAAAUACAAAUGCGACAACAUGACAAAAAACCACAACGGAAGUGACCGCGGGACUCUAUUUUAAUGCAAAUGCCGCAACACAUUAAAAAGCCACAACACAUCACAAAGCCACAACGGAAGCGACCGCGGGAAUCUAUUUUAAUGCAAACGCCACAACAAAUACAAAUGCCAAAACACAAACGCAAAAGCCGCAACACAUUAAAA